GAGUCUAAAUCCUAACCGAGACCUUGUCCCUGUUGAUAAAUCUACAUCAGGUCGUCUUCUCAAAACCUACAGAGCAUUCGGUUGGAUAGGAACAAAUCGUGUUGAGGUUGCCAAGAAGGCGCGAGACAUCAAGUUCAUGCACAGAAUGCAGAACAAGAACUACAUGAAGCUAGGCACCAAGGCCAACAGGCUUCAAACCCACUUCCUCGACAGGAACGGCAUGUGCAUGUAGAAUUGCAGAAAUUUUUUAAAUCCUUAUUUUCAGAUUUUAAAAUGGGCACCUUGUCGAAGUCCAACAUGUGCAGGUUAUGCGGGUGGGAGGAUGAGAAGAACAUGAGGAUUGAGGAGCAGGAGGUUUGCAUUGUCAUCAACAGCAUGAACCUCCUCACCGCGAAGGUGUCGGAGUUGAUCGAGCAGAACAUGAACCUGAUCCUAGAGACAAGUUUGGAUUUACCGGACAAGAUUUGUCCUGAGUGUAAAACAGGGGUUCAGGUUACUGCCGAGUUUUUAGCCCGGGUACGUGAAGGUCAGAUCUAUAUACAGAAACUUUUGAAGGCUCAAGGUUCUUCAUGUAGUCUAGAGAAGAGAAUAAAGAUGAAUUGCGAUGCUAAACCAUCAAACCGAAGCUCAGGGAAGCGCGGCAGACCAAAGAAAGGAUGUGAGAAAAUACGGCCCCCUCCCGCUCCUUCCCUUGGUAACGAGUACACUGCUUUGAAGCGACGACGAAAACCUCCAAAACAUUUGGCCGAGUUCCUAGAUGUUGACGGGAAUGACGGAGGUCGCUUUCAUGAUUCCGCGGAUGAGGAUAAUAUCUUAAAUAUCGACGAAGAUCCCACGGAGGAGUAUAAUCCAUUGGGUAAACCGUGUGUGGAUGCUACAUCGAGUUCACAGAGUGCAGUGCUUUGUGUUUACAAAUGUGAUUUCUGUGAUAAUAUUUUCAACGCGGAGAACGGUUUAAUCAGGCACACGGAGAGUGCUCACGCUGAGUUUAUGUACCGUUGUGCUUACCCAACCUGUGAACUUCUUGUUAGAAACAAAAAAGAGCUGAUAUCUCACCAGUCUAGUACAAAGCAUCAGGGGAUAAUUACUGUAUCUCUACUCCAACCUGGAGUAAACCAAUCCCAACCUGAUCCUUCAACCUUCUUUAGUACCUCCAAACCUGAUCCUCCUGGACUCCAGUCCCUUGGGAAGAAUAUUCUUCUAGAGGAUGAUGUGGAUGGUCUGGAGGAGAGUCUCCUGGCUGGAGUACAGUUCGGAGGCAACCCUGAUGAUCCCCUGGAUGGACCUGGUCUUAGUAUGGCAGAUCUCGUCGCUCUACCCAGCUCCAAACCUUCUCUCAGUCGAUGUUUACUCUGUGAUAGUCCAUUUGAACCUGGAGAAAAAGAUCAUGUCUGUCCCGUCCUCCUUUACAAUUGUGACUCAUGUCCUGAGGUGUUCAGGUCCAAGAUAGCGUAUAGGACGCAUCUAAACAAAGUUCACAAUUUGUCCGAAUCCCGGAUGUAUGAAUGUGAUCAAUGUACUCGAAUAUUCACUGCUCCGAGUAGUCUUCAUUACCACAGGGAUUCUACACAUACCACUCUCACAUACAAGUGUGAGGAGGAGGGGUGCUCUAAGGUGUUUAAAGUUAAGAACCUACUUACUCGACACAAGAGGAGCCACGGGAAUAAACGACCCUUUAAAUGUGAAAAAUGUGAUAAAGGAUUUAAGUCUUACAAUAAUUUGAAAUCUCACAUCAGCUCACAUGAACUUACUGACAAGUCCUUCUGUGAUAUAUGCGGACAAGCGUUUAAGCAUGCUUCUAGUUUGAAUCUGCACAUGAGGCUCCACACUGGGGAGAAAAAGUAUGUCUGCACGUUUUGUGGGAAGGCCUUUACACAGAACGGAAAUCUGCGUGAGCACAUGCGGGUUCAUACAGGAGAGAAACCGUUCAGCUGCAAACAAUGUCCGUCAUCCUUUACAACCAGCUCCCAGCUGAGAAAUCAUGUGGCGCGGCACGCCGGCAACAAGAAGUUCAACUGUCCUCACUGUCCCAAACGGUUUCUACACAUGGACUCACUUAAGAUUCAUGUCAGGCGUCAUACAGGAGAGAAACCAUACUCCUGUGAUCAGUGCAAGAAAAAAUUUACAGAUUCAGCCUCGUUAAAUAAACAUGUUCAAACUCAUGACAAGGAUAGAAGUGUUCAAACUUGUAAGGUGUGUGGGAAAGGAUAUUCCGAUAAAUCUAACCUGUUGAAACAUAUGAAAACUCACAAGGACGGAGACGAAUCGAAGAAUACUGUUUGGAAUAUCAUCAAGGAUGUCAGUGAAAACUGUACACAGGAUGACGACGCUGAUGAGCUUCACCAGGUCAUCUACGUAGCAUAUGAGGACCGAGGCGAAGGGGAGCAGACCACCAUCGACCUCACGGUCAAGGACGGUCAACAGAUUAGGCUCGUCGCGCCACUCAACAUUGACCCACUCACCUUCGCUGCAGAGUAUCUCAAGGACUUGCAGAGUAUACCGGAGACGGAUUAGAACCUUGAUGAAUAUACCUGACAGAUCAGAACCUUGCAGAGUAUACCGGAGACAGAUUAGAAUCUUGAUGAAUAUACCUGACAGAUCAGAAUCUUGCAGAGUAUACCGGAGACAGAUUAGAACCUUGAUGAAUAUACCGGAGACAGAUUAGAACCUUGCAGAAUAUACCAGACAGAUCAGAACCUUGCAGAGUAUACCGGAGACAGAUUAGAAUCUUGCUAUACCAGAGACUGAUUAGAACCUUGCAGAAUAUACCAGACAGAUCAGAACCUUGCGGAGUAUAUCAGAGACAGAUAAGAAUCCUGCAGUUUAUACCGGAGACAAAUCAGAACCUUGCAGAGUAUACCGGAGACAGAUUAGAACCUUGCAGAGUAUACCGGAGACAGAUUAGAACCCUGCGGAGUAUACCAGAGACAGAACCUUGCAGAGUAUACCAGAGACAGAUUAGAACCUUGCAGAGUAUACCGGAGACAGAUUAGAACCCUGCAGAGUAUACCGGAGACAGAUUAGAACCUUGCAGAAUAUACCGGAGACAGAUUAGAACCCUGCAGAAUAUACCUGACAGAUCAGAACCUUGCAGAGUAUACCAGACAGAUCAGAACCUUGCGGAGUAUAUCAGAGACAGAUAAGAAUCCUGCAGAGUAUACCGGAGACAGAUUAGAAUCUUGCUAUACCAGAGACAGAUUAGAACCUUUCAGAAUAUACCAGACAGAUCAGAACCUUGCGGAGUAUAUCAGAGACAGAUAAGAAUCCUGCAGAGUAUACCAGAGACAGAUUAGAACCUUGCAGAAUAUACCAGACAGAUCAGAACCUUGCGGAGUAUAUCAGAGACAGAUAAGAAUCCUGCAGAGUAUUCCAGAGACAGAUUAGAACCUUGCAGAAUAUACCAGACAGAUCAGAACCUUGCGGAGUAUAUGAGAGACAGAUAAGAAUCCUGCAGAGUAUACCGGAGACAAAUCAGAACCUUGCAGAGUAUACCGGAGACAGCUUAAAAUCGCUUGAUUAUUAUUAUUAUUGUUUAAAUAUGCUAAAUGUUGCAUGGAAUUUACUGGCCGUCAUGAAACAAAUGCCUAAGUAUGAAGAUAAAAUGGAAAGAUUUACCUAGUCACAUUUUUCCUUCGAUUUUUUUUACCAUAUUCAUAUAUUUAUAUAAAGUUUAUUUAUUUGUGAUUUUAUUACACUUUCAGUGUUAAACAAUUUAUUAAACUAUUGGUUACCAUUUUACUCAAUAAAAGCAUGUUAUAUUUCUUGUAAACCCUUUCUGAUGAGUUUUCUCCAAUUUUCCAGA